UUUUGCCUACGGCUUCUCCAUUCAACCAACAACACUUCUUCGAUAAAAUGGCUGACGCUGCGAAAAACGCUCUUUCCUCAAUCUUCGAUAAGACUAAGGAUGUUUUAUCAACAGCCGCAGAUGCAACGAAAGGAUAUGCUUCUCAGGCACAGCAAGCUAUAGGAAAAAUCAUCCCAGGAGCCAAUCAUGAAUCUGACCCGAACGCCGCCGUUGCUGCAGCCCAAGCUGCAUCUGGACAACCCGUAGACACAACCGGAGGUGUUCCACCAGCACAAUAGGCCUUGUUCAUUCUUAUUUCGGAUUAUUACUUACAGCUCUACAAAAAUAUUAUUUAUUUUAAUUAAUUUUGAAACAGUAUUGAAGAUUCAUACGUAGUUGUCUUUCUCUCUCUUUUUUCUCUCAUCUUUCGCUUCACCUUUUUCUCUUUCUCAAUUAAAAUUUUUCGUAUGGUGCCAAUAUUUAUCCAUUUUUUUCUUCACUCUAUUCCAUACUUAUUUCUUUAUCUCACUAUUUAUUGCCCAUUUUCUCUCCUUUUUUUAUUUUCCUAUGUCAGUCAGAACAAAUAAAUGAAGUAGAUCUUU